UUCCACGCUCCGCCCCUUUCUACAAAGCGCAUCUUUCAGGAAGAAACCCAAUACAACAAACUUUAGGACCGACUGUGUCGACCGACAAGGAAGGCUUUGGACUAAAUAAGUGUGUAUGCUGCUUUUGGACGGAAAGAACUAUCACAAUGAUCAUUAAAGAAUUCCGUGUGGUCCUGCCCAUAUCCGUGGAAGAGUACCAAGUGGGUCAGCUGUACGCCGUGGCGGAGGCCAGUAAGAACGAGACGGGCGGGGGCGAGGGCGUGAAGGUGCUGGUCAACGAGCCCUACGAGAAGGACGGGGAGAAGGGGCAGUACACGCACAAGAUCUACUACCUGCAGAGUAAAGUUCCAAAAUUUCUUCGUGUGAUGGCACCCAAAGGUUCUCUUGAGGUUCACGAGAAGGCCUGGAAUGCCUAUCCAUAUUGUCGAACAAUUCUAACUAAUGAAUACAUGGGUGAGAACUUCUUCAUCAAGAUUGAGACGUGGCACAAGCCCGACAUGGGACAGACGGACAAUGUUCAUGGACUAGACCCUGAUGACUGGAAGAAGGCAGAGGUGAUUCACAUCGACAUCGCUGACCGAACUCAAGUAGGACAAAAGGAUUACAAGCCGGAUGAAGAUCCUGCCACCUUCGUAUCAAAGAAGACCAGCCGAGGGCUCCUGGGACCUAACUGGAAGACAGAGCUGAAGAACAAUUUGGCCUGUCCUCACAUGUGUGCUUACAAGCUUGUAACGGUCCAUUUCAAAUGGAGAGUAAUUCAAGGCAAAAUGGAGAAUUUAAUCCAUAAGCAAGAGGCACGUUUGUUUAACAACUUCCACAGGCAGCUGUUCUGCUCGUUGGACCAGUGGGUGGAGCUGUCUAUGGACGACAUCAGGCGCAUGGAGGAGGAGACCCAGAAGGAGCUGGACAAGAUGAGAGCAGAGGGAGAAAUCAAAGGCAUGGUGGACGAUGGAGAAUGACCUGCCCACAAUUGCCCACUCUGACCCAGAAGACCUCAGCUAUCGUCUAGCGAUCUAAAUACUUUGCAUCAAACACUUGGGAUUAGCAGCACAGAGGCCCCAGUUUUGUCCAUCCAGUUGAAGUUACUCUCACUUGAAGUCUGACACUACGGCUUAUGCUACAGCUGUAGCUUACUAUUUUCAAAUGGAGUAUGAAGAUUGAUUUAUUUAAUAUGAAGAUUGUAAUGACCUUGGCUGAUGUCAAGCCCUUCCUUACCUGGUUACUGAUAUCACAUUAAACUUGUGUUUUAAUUACGACUAAUGUUAUUUGGGAUUUUUGGUUAUUCUUAUUCUGUAUUUUUAAAUUGUAAGUAGAUGAUUGAGUGCUUUGGAGAAACCGUUUACAGGCAGUCUAACGGAGUGACAUUCAGAUGUGUUUCAGUCUCUGUCGCAAAGCGCUCAGUGUUGGGUUUAAAUGGGCUUCAUAUGUUCAGUAAUGUUUUUAAAGUUGACAAGUGGAUUAGCAAAGGGUUCAACUCCCAAACAGCUAUCAAUUAUUUUAUUUUUAUAUAAUGAGUCCUAGUCAUUGAAUUAAACAGUUGUCCUACAUUUGGGACGAGCAUCAGAGGAAGGUUCUGCUGCAACUAUUCUGAAUCCUGCCUUGUGAGCUUGAACUCACAAGAAAAUAAAUAUCUCACUGGAUUAAACGGUAUGUCUAUUUAAUGAUGUGUUUUUGCUCAUGUGAUUAAAUAAUUGUAUUGGA